AUGUUAUUAAGUAAGCCAAAAGCAGUAAGUUUCAAAUUAUAUAAGUAAGGAAUAUUAGUCUUGGUCGAGGGUAAUAAUGAAGAAUAUACAAUUGUAAAUAAUUAAAGAUUAUAUAUAGAUAGAUUAUUCAUAUGAUAAUGAAAAUCUACAUGAGAUAAAUAUUUAAGUGAUAAGUCAUAAAAUAAAGCAAAUUAUAAUUCAUGAUUAUUUUGCAUUAUUAAUAGGAGAGAAGAUGAAAAGUGUAAUUACAAUUGGAAUUGAUAGUGUGUAUCUGAACUAAUAGAAUUAUAAAUUUCAAAAUAAUUUACUGGUUCCAUAAAUUUUAAAUGUUUUGGUAUUUUCUGAUAUAGCAAAAAAUGAGAUAAAGGACUAUGUUUAUGUUUAUACAAGAUCAAAAUUAUUAAAGUUAAAUUUACAAGCAGUAUGAAUUCAUUUAAAAAUUAAAGAGACAAUUUGAGAUUAUAUGUAGUUGUUAAAGUAAGGAAUAGGCAAAAGAAUCUCCAUAUUAUUAUGAAUUGGAAUAUUACAACAGUAAAUGUGAUGGUUGUCAAAAAAAGAGAAGGUAUAAAUUGUAUUUCAAAUAUGUAAUAAUAACAAAGGAAUAUGAAUCGAUGA